AUGCGACAACCCACCCAUUACCCCCUAUCGCCUGAGAUGAUGGAAGUACCAAUCGAUCCGGAAGGGAAGAGGAAGAAGAAGAAGGGGUUCUUUAGGAAGACGCUGCCAUGGGUGACCUAUCUCUUGACAAUAAUUCAGAUUGUGGUGUUUAUCGUGGAGUUGGUAAAGAAUGCCCAAUUCACAGGAUCGCCCAUCGAAACCAAACCCUCAUUUAACCCGAUGAUCGGUCCAUCGCCGUAUGUCCAGAUCUACAUGGGAGCGCGGUACGCACCAUGCAUGAAGAACAUCGCCAAUGUGCAGAAUUCCAGCCAGACUAUCACUUGGAAUUGCCCCAACAGCACAGUCACCAAUUCAAUGGACUCCAGCAACCAGUGCUCAUUGUCUCAGGUGUGCGGUUUUAACGGAGUUCCAAACCCCGUUCCUGGAGGGUCUCUCGACGAUAAGCCAGAGCCCGACCAAUGGUACCGAUUUAUUAUUCCCAUGUUCCUGCACGGAGGAUUCGUCCACAUCGGGUUCAACAUGAUUGUGCAAUUGACAAUGGGAGUGGACAUGGAGCGCAUCAUCGGUUGGUGGCGGUAUGGCCUGGUCUACAUUGCUAGUGGUAUCUUUGGUUUUGUGCUGGGUGGAAACUACGCGGGUCAAGCCAACGUUUCGACCGGUUGCUCUGGCGCUCUCUUCGGUAUUUUGGCUUUGUUCAUCUUGGAUCUGCUGUACAGCUGGAAAGAACGCCCAUCACCAUUCGUCGAACUGGUCAUCAUGAUCCUGGGUGUGGGUAUCUCUUUCGUCCUGGGACUGCUUCCCGGAUUGGACAACUUCUCCCACAUUGGAGGUUUCAUCAUGGGUCUUGCUCUUGGACUCUGCGUCAUGAGAUCCCCCAAUGCCCUCCGCGAACGUAUCGGUCUGGCCCGCAACCCGUAUGUCGCUAUGAGCGGUGGUGCGGGAGCUGCUCCAGACGACAACAAGGCCACCACCCCUGGUCCCAGCUUCGUGGACUAUUUCAAAGGUCGUCGGGGUUUAAAUGACCAGCACUCUUCGAUGAAUCCGGUCAACUUCUUCAAAGGCCGCAAGCCGCUAUGGUGGGCAUGGUGGUUGGUGCGAGCUGGUGCUCUGGUUGCGGUGCUAGUUGGGUUCAUCUUGUUGAUUAUCAACUUUUACAAGUACCCUACGUCGAAUUGCGACUGGUGCUACCGGCUGAGUUGUCUGGUAAACGUGCCGACUUCGCUUCUCGGAAUCCUCCUCUACAUCUGCCUUAACGCAUCGUAUUCGGUUGCCGUAUUCACAAACCCCGGAACGACCCUGACGAGCAAUUCGCGCGGACGAUAUGAAUACAGUGCCUUGCCUGUCACCGAACUCCCCGAGUAUACGGCGUACACGGUUAGUUCGACGGGCUCAUCGCGAUUCUGCAAGAAAUGCCAGACCCCGAAGCCGGACCGCGCGCAUCACUGCUCCACGUGCAAGCGGUGCGUUUUGAAAAUGGACCACCAUUGUCCGUGGUUGGCGACUUGUGUUGGGUUGCAUAAUUACAAGGCGUUUUUGCUGUUUUUGAUCUAUACGUCGUUGUUUUGUUGGGUGGAUUUCGCGGUUGCGGUGGCGUGGACUUGGUCGGAGGUUUUUGGGGAUACGCAGAAUAUGGAGGCUAUUUUGCCGGUGAAUGUGAUUUUGCUGGCGAUUCUGGGUGGUGUGAUUGGGCUUGUGUUGACGGGGUUCACGGGGUGGCAUAUUAGUUUGGCGGUUCGGGGUAUGACGACUAUUGAAUGUCUGGAGAAGACGCGGUAUGUGUCUCCUCUGCGGAAGGCACUGGAUCGUCAUCGGUACGAGCAUGUACUGGGUGCUAGUCCGAACAACCAUAGCCAUGAGUCUGGAUUUGGUCCUGAGGGUCUUGGUCAUCGUCUACAGGACUACGGGCACCAAAUCCUUGAUGCGCAUGCGAAUGCAAUUCCGGGCGUUACCCGACCUGAGGAGGGAGAGGAACAGACGCCAGACCCGUCGAUUUAUUCCGGCUCUACUGGGGUCCCGAUGGAUAACCUCUCGCCUGCGCAGCAAGCACUAACCCGUUCCUACGCCGACCUCGAACGACAGCGCGAAAACGACCGCUACCAGGAAUACUUGAACGAAGAGGACAGCCAGAAAGUACCAAGAGCGUUUGACCUAGGCUGGCGGCGAAACCUCCUCCAUCUCUUCGGCGACCGACCUCUUUUCUGGGCCGUGCCAGUGUGCAACACCACCGGCGAUGGCUGGCACUGGGAACCAAGCCCUAGAUUCCUCGAAGCCCGCGACGGAAUCCGCCAACAGCGCGAACAAGACCAGGUUGAGCAACAAAAAUACCAACGGGAUCUGUAUCUGCGGAACAUGAACAACAGCCAGAGCUGGCUGGGUGGAAGUGGAACAAUGCCAGAAGAGCCUGAACGGCCUGCUACGGGGGUGUCGAUGAAGACUCUGGCUCCUCUGUCGCCGCGCCCGAGACCGGGGGAUAGCGAUUAUGAUGAUGACAUUGAGGAGGAGGAUCAUCAUCUGCUGAAUCGGGAUAGCAAUAAUGUGCUUGGUGGAGGUACACGGUAUCCGGGGCGGCCGCCGAAGAGUACGCCGAAGCGGUAUCGGCAGAGUAAUAGUGCGUCUGAUGAAUGGCGGGAUUGGGAAUGA